ACAAAAGUAAUGUUGGUGAAACUUGAAAGUUCAUCUUUAUGCAAAGAAGUCAAAUUUAUAAACGUCAACAUUGGUAGGACCGAUGCGUAAUAAACCUAAACUUCGGGGGUAGAUGUAAUUAACUAUAUCGAGGUAAUAUAACUCCACCACCACCAUUCUUUUUGUUAUCCAGCGAGUAUAAAGGGCAGUACAUUUCAUCGGGAGGGUUUUGUACUGCUUUGAGUCUUUGAGUGAGUCAUCGGAAUACAGGCAGGGCUGCUUCUUCGUCGCCGGGAAUACAGUUAGUCGGAAAAUGCCUUGCCUUAACCUGUCAACGAAUGUUAACCUGGAAGGCAUUGAUAUCUCCGCCAUCCUCAAAGAAGCUACUUCCGUUGUUGCUAAACACACCGGAAAACCUGAAAGCUAUGUGAUGAUUGUGUUGAAAGGAUCUGUACCGUUGUCUUUUGGAGGGACAGAGGAGCCAGCAGCGUAUGGCGAGUUGGUCUCUGUUGGGGGGCUGAAUGCUCAAGUUAACAAGGAUCUGAGUGCUGCCAUUGCUGCUAUACUUGAAGCUAAGCUGAAAAUCCCCAAGACACGCUAUUUCCUGAAAUUCUAUGAUUCCAAGGGCUGCAACCUUGGGUGGAAUGGCUCCGUCUUCUAGCUGCCGGCGUGCCCAUAGUAUUGAACUCGGGGUUUGACUGUGCUGAAUCCUUUUAUGGGCAUUGUAUAAUAUAUGCGUUUGAUGCAAACUAGAAUUAUGUCUAUCAUUCCGCCGUGUGGGGUGGUAGACCCCGAAAUACCAAGUCGCCUUUUAAAUAAUAUGUAAUGAUCAAUGUCCUGGAUUACAUUCUAAGUUCUCCUUGGCUUUUGUCUCAUACUUCUCUUCCUUCAUAUAUCCCUGGUUCUAUUAAGUAUUUGGUCUAUUACUCUACGUCUCCACUAUUAUGGAACUUAUAAACAUCUUUCAAACAUUGAUU